GUAGUCUAUGUCGUUAGGAAAUUUUUUUUUUAAUUUUAGGUACCCAGAGGAUACUUGAAAAUUACUGUACAUUUGUGUUGGUAUUCGUAGGUAACAAACGUACAGUGAAUGAAACAUAUUGAUACUUAUACGCAUAGGUAUUAGGUACCUACUAAUCUUGAAGUUGAAAAAAUUACCAUUUGCGAGUUGAAUGAUAAGUAACUACGGUAAUUGUGCAAAUAAUGAAGUAUGUGGUUUUAGCAGUUUUGAUAAUAUUGUUGCUAUCAACGAGUCAGGCACCUCCACCACCCGAAAGUGCCUUUGAAGAUUCCAAUUCUUCAUUGGUACCAUGCUCUGCGGAAGAAUCCCGCGAUACAAGUGCUGGAUUAAACUACUUCACCAAUUUAUAUCAGAAAAGUAUACAGCUUUUAUUCGUAAGCCCCGAAGAAACCAACUCAAUAGCUCCUAGAGAUGUAUCCUCUGAUGCUGCAGAUGACAAGAAGAAAUCUCCAUCGAAAAUAUAUUCUUUUGCUCUAGACGUAGCUUGCAUCACUGGGGUUGUACUUCAAGAAGCCGGUUCAGCUUUCGGAGGACUUUUUAAAGGAAUCUUUGGAGCUGUAGCUAUAGCUUGCGAACACAAAUAUUACGAUAUUAAACGUGCAUGGGGGGAAAAAACAACCAACGAGGAAAGCUCCAAAAACCAACAGAAUGCAGAAUUGGUUCAUAGCUAUAACUAUAAACUCGGACCGAAGAAGUCUAGUCCGAACUAAUCGAGCACACCACAGGAGAUGAGAGUUUGAAAUUUAUACUUGGAGAACAUUGAAUACUUCAUAUCUGUACACUAGAAUUUCUGCC